ACAAGGUCUGAAAGAAUUACCAGCUUAAUAAAAAUGGAUUCCAAAUCCAUACUAUGCUGAAUUGCUUGCUGACCAGUGCCAUUCUUGGAGAAGCUAACUCUUCCAAAUGGCGGAAUCUCAUCUUCCUCAAAUAGCCAUUCUUGGAGCUGGCAUCUUCGUCAAAACCCAAUACAUUCCCCGGUUAGCCGAGAUUUCUCACCUUUUCGUCCUCAAAGCCAUUUGGAGCCGCAGCGAGGAGUCGGCCAGAAGUGCCGUCGAGCUAGCAACGAAGCAUUUCCCUAGUGUGGAGUGUAAGUGGGGAGAUGCUGGUCUUGAUGAGAUUAUCGGUGAUGCUUCCAUCAUCGGAGUUGCUGUGGUUCUUGCCGGACAGACGCAGGUGGAGAUGUCAUUGAGACUUCUCAAAGGAGGAAAACAUGUCCUACAAGAGAAGCCAGCUGCUGCUUGCAUUGCAGAGGCAGAGAAAGCAUUAAUGCAUUAUAAUUCCAUGGCUGCUAGCAUGACUCGACAACCAAUAUGGGCUGUUGCUGAGAAUUAUCGUUUUGAGCCUGCUUUCACAGAGAGCAAUAAAAUGAUUGCCGAGAUAGGGGACAUUGUAAAUAUCCAGGUCAUUGUCGAAGGGUCAAUGAAUAGCUCAAACCCUUAUUUCUCAAGCUCUUGGAGGCGCAACUUCUUUGGUGGUUUCAUUCUAGACAUGGGCGUGCAUUUUGUUGCUGGAUUAAGAAUGCUUGUUGGAUGCGAGGUAGCUUCGGUCUCUUCUCUGACUUCUCAUGUAGAUAUGACAUUACCUCCACCUGAUAAUAUUUCAGCAUUGUUCCAACUGGAGAAUGGAUGUUCAGGAGUGUUUGUUAUGGUUGUUUCGUCAAGAUCGCCAAAGAUAGUGUGGCGAGUCGUAGGCUUAAAUGGAACACUGCAAGUUGAGCGAGGAAAUAAAGAUGGAAAGCAUGGCUACUCGGUGUCUAUAUACACAGCCGAUGGGCAAAGCAAAAGCUUCUUCUAUCCAUUCAGUGGCGUCGCGGAAGAGCUCAAAACAUUUCUGUCACACAUUUCUUUGUCACGUCAAAAAGAGGAGGAGGGCAGGGGGUUGAAAGGUGAACCACGCAUGUCCUACGUGGAAGGAUGUAGGGACAUUGCUGUUUUAGAAGCAAUGCUUGAAUCUGGACAUAAACAAGGGGCUCUUGUCCAUGUUAAACGGUUUUAAUAGUACUCCGGGGGGGGGGGNCCUAUUACUGAGAGAUAAAUAUCUUUUACUCCUUAUUUAAUAAAUAAAUAAAUUUUGUGCUAUGUGGACAUUUAAUAGACUAACAAUUUUUUUUGAAUGAAAUAGACUAACAUCU